GUCCGCUUCUGCUCUUGUGUGUUUGUGUGAGCGCGCCCAGCGAUAGCGGAGCCGGAGCCAUCGCCUCGUGCAGGUGAGAGCCGCGGGGCUGGGCCGGGGUCAGCGUAGCCGGGGCAGGCGCUGUACGCCGGCUGCGGCGCGGCUGGGUCAGAGCCCGGGGCGUGAGGGAGGAGAGGAGGGGGCUGCCAGGUGCGGGGCUGAUGGGGAGCAGGAUUACGUUUGGGUUUUCUAACUUUCAGCCGAGCGUUUCCUACCUUUUAAAAAGCUGGCAGGAAAUGCUAACGCAAAAUUACAGAGAAAAUGCUACUAAUAAAGACAACGAACACCGCUAACUGCGGUGGGAAAAUGUAUCUCUGUAGCCGGGUACGCCCGCAGAAAGUUGUAUCUCUUCGUGCUGCUCGCUCCCUGCGCAACCGUAAUGGAUGCGAACAAACCCCAACCAGCCUCGUUACUCUUUUAUACUCAAAUAUCUUAGAUUUUUUUUUUUUUUAACGGCACUUUGAGGUGCUUUUCAACUUCCAGUAAACGCCGGUGGCUCAGAUUUUGUGUAAGGUUUGUCUCGGAUCGAGUGCACCCUUUUUCCCAUAGCGCCGAGGUUGCUGGAGAUGCCCGUGUCCCACUUUGCUGCUCGGUCAGCGAGCACACAAAGCAAGGCUUUUAUGCUGCGGUAAAGGCUGGGAGCCCCGGCCGUUGCUUUGUCGGGUGUGUCUGGUGAGCUGCUGUUAGGACACAACAGCGUUAGCCCCUGUUUAGUUCUUCUGCAGAAAGCCUUUGGAUGAGAGAACUGCAGAAAUAUAUGGGAUUAAAUGCUGCUUCUCGUCUCCAUUGUCUGCAAGGGGCAAGUGUAGGGAUGGUGUCAUCUUCAGCCCCCACCGGUGAUGUAAACUCUUCUGGUAUGUUGAACUCUUCUGAGGAAGAUGUGCCUGGUUCAUGGGGUUGUAUGGCUGUGACGUAUCCCGCCCAUUGCUUGCUGCUAUCGCUGUCUCUAUCAACAUCAUUUCAAUUAAGAUCUCCCUGGGAACUGAGGGCAGGAUGGGGCUGACGCAGAGCUGCUGGGUGUUGGGAUCCAUCUCCGUGCCAUGAGGUGGCUGUACCCUGUUACGGGUUGCCUGGGCAGGUGGUGAUGCCCGGUACCCAUCGUGCUCAAGAAGCAUUUGGGCAGUGCCCUCAGUGGCGUGUUGUGACCUGGGGUGAGCCCUGAGGUGGUCAGGCAGCUGGGAGCAACGGUCUGAGAAGGUCCCAUCCAGCUGAAAGGAAGCACGCGGGCUCCUACCGGCUCUGGGGACGCGGCUCAGCCCGGCCUAGCCGAGGCAGCACAGACCUCGUGUCUGCGGUGUCAGUUUGUUCUCAGCUCCUCACCGCUGCCUGCACCGAUGUGGGUGCUGGGAGCAGGCUCUGCAGGCAGCAGUCCCUGCCAACCGCAGCCAUUCAGCUCUCUGGCCGCGUUCGAGCCCGAUGAAUCCAACCUUCCAGCGGCUCUGCGCGGCGAGCGGUCCUGGGCUGCCGCUGAGCAUCCCCGGGCCGCGCUCACGGGGUGGGGUUGCACCGCCCCUGCAGCUCCGGCCGCAAAACGCGGCGCGUAUCCGCCCUGCUCCUCCCGAGCAGCGCGCGGUCUGAGAACUCCCGAGACGGCGGCUGAAAGCCGAGGGCAGCCCCGCCCUCAUGCCGGCUCCCAGGUGCCGCCGCCGUGCCCGCGCGGCGCGCUCCCGGCGCAUCAGAGGGGGGGGCGCAGGCGGAGCUCUGCGCGUGCGUACAUCUCCAGCUGGCCGGAGCCGCGCAUGCGCCCGCACUGGCAGCCGGCCAUGGGCUUCCGCAGCGUAUCUGCCACGAUGCCCGGGUCUCUUCCAGUGAACACUGAAUCCUGCUGGCCCAAAGAUGUGGGUAUUGUUGCACUGGAAAUCUAUUUUCCCUCUCAGUAUGUCGACCAGACUGAGCUGGAGAAGUAUGACGGUGUGGAUGCAGGCAAAUACACCAUUGGGUUAGGCCAGUCAAAGAUGGGCUUCUGCUCUGACCGAGAGGAUAUCAAUUCCCUCUGUUUGACUGUGGUUCAGAAGCUUAUGGAGAGGAACAGCCUUUCCUAUGACUGCAUUGGGAGACUGGAAGUUGGAACGGAGACAAUAAUUGAUAAAUCAAAAUCGGUGAAGACUGUCCUGAUGCAGCUAUUUGAAGAAUCUGGUAAUACAGAUGUAGAAGGAAUUGACACAACCAAUGCGUGCUAUGGAGGCACUGCUGCUCUUUUUAAUGCUAUUAACUGGAUUGAGUCCAGUUCUUGGGAUGGACGCUAUGCACUUGUUGUUGCUGGAGACAUUGCUGUGUAUGCCACUGGAAAUGCCAGGCCAACAGGUGGAGCUGGUGCUGUUGCUAUGCUAGUUGGUCCAAAUGCUCCUUUAAUUUUUGAGAGAGGAUUGCGUGGAACCCACAUGCAGCAUGCUUAUGACUUCUAUAAACCAGAUAUGGUUUCUGAAUAUCCUGUAGUUGAUGGCAAACUGUCUAUACAGUGCUACCUCAGUGCAUUAGACCGCUGCUAUAGUGUUUAUCGCAAUAAAAUCCAUGCCCAGUGGCAAAAAGAGGGGACAGACAGACGUUUCACCUUGAAUGAUUUUGGAUUCAUGAUCUUUCAUUCUCCCUACUGUAAACUGGUACAGAAGUCGGUGGCAAGACUGUUGCUGAAUGACUUUCUCAGUGACCAGAAUGCAGAAACAGCAAAUGGUGUUUUCAGUGGUCUGGAAGCUUUCAGGGAUGUAAAGCUUGAAGAUACAUAUUUUGAUAGGGAUGUGGAAAAAGCUUUUAUGAAAGCUAGUGCAGAGCUCUUCAAUCAGAAAACCAAAGCUUCCUUACUUGUGUCCAAUCAGAAUGGAAACAUGUACACGCCUUCAGUCUACGGUUGCCUUGCUUCUCUUCUAGCCCAGUACUCUCCAGAGCACCUUGCAGGACAAAGAAUCAGUGUGUUCUCAUAUGGCUCUGGUUUUGCUGCUACGCUGUAUUCCAUCAGAGUUACACAGGAUGCCACUCCUGGUUCUGCGCUGGACAAAAUAACUGCUAGCCUUUCUGAUCUUAAAGCAAGACUUGACUCACGAAAAUGCAUUGCACCUGAUGUCUUUGCUGAAAACAUGAAGAUUAGACAGGAGACACAUCACUUGGCCAACUAUAUUCCACAGUGUUCAGUAGAAGAUCUCUUUGAGGGAACAUGGUAUCUUGUGCGUGUGGAUGAAAAACACAGGAGAACAUAUGCACGACGCCCAGUUAUGGGUGAUGGACCCCUGGAGGCAGGAGUUGAAGUUGUCCACCCAGGCAUUGUUCAUGAGCACAUCCCAAGCCCUGCUAAGAAAGUGCCAAGAAUCCCUGCAACAACAGAAUCUGAAGGCGUUACUGUUGCCAUUUCCAAUGGGGAGCAUUAAGAUACCUCUGUGAGGUGGGAAAUGGAAAGAGGUGUGAGGGUAGGAUGAAAGAGUGAAAAGAUUACAGUAGUAAUGGAGUUUCAUUAUACAGUAGUACUUAAUUGGAGCAUGAAAAAACUGUUUAAACUCCUUGAAACGAUUUGUUGUAAUACUGUGUGCUAUUUAUAGUAUUUUCAGAACACUAAAAUCAUUAAUAUACUGGGGAUAGAGCGACUUGCUAGGGGCUUUGUGGAUUCCUUAACGUGUCUGAAUUUUUUAAUUGCUGGGUUGUAGUUGUAGUCCAUUACAAGGUCUUUGUACAUAGAAAAGAAUGGAUCUUCUGCUUGCUUUUCCCACAUCAAAUGACUUGAAACCUACACUGUUAACUUCUACUUGUACAUGCAAAAAUCUGAGCUUUUAAUGUUAGGGUUUUCAGUGCCUUGACAGUAACUAGUCUUCUGAAUACUGCACUUCUCUUUCCCUUUAUAACCUUCCCUGUCUUCUCCCAGUCUACCUCUCCUCACACCAUUGUUUUGGAAAAGGUAUAGAACCAAAUAACAUUACUGGAAUGAAAUUAGUCUUCCCCCAUCAGAAUGACUGGUUCAAGAACUACAAGGCUGAUAGUUUCACCAUCAAGAAACUCUGUAACUGGCUAUGUUAGUUACUUCAUAAUUCCACCUAUUAUCCUUUUUGUGUGUUUAAUGCCUGCAUUAUAAAUCACAGAAGCCUGCAGGGAAAGAGGAAUUACAAGGGAGACAUACAGUUGUUCUUCAUAAGAAAGGGUAAACUUCUUGAACUAAUUUGGCACUUCUUCAGGAUUAUCAAACUGUAACAGAAACAUUUAAGGAAGCAGACUUUUAAAAUAAAACUCCUAUAUAUUAUUAGAGCUGCUUUAAUUGGUAAACUGAAAAAAAGGUCAUUUUGGAUGGCCUGAACCUGGAACUCUGGCCUCUUGCUAUUCUUUAUAUAAUACAUUUCUAAGAGACGAUUUCUAACUUUGAAUUUGGCAUUGUGCUUGGAGAUUCUUAUCUCUAUUGGGGAUGUUGUAGAAGUGGAGUAUUUUCUUUCUUUUUUUUUUUCUGAACAUGCACGCUAAAAGCUAUCCAUCUUGCAAGUAGUAGAUACAUAUUACUUAUGGGGAUUAUAUUCUGGUAGCUUUUUAAAGCCCAGAUUUGAAAUAAACUAUGACAUGAGCCUUGUAAGCGUGUAAUAUAUAUUUAAUUGAGCUAAUGUACAGAAUGAAGUUUUGUUGAACUUUAUUUCUUUGCUAAUUCUACAGAGCUACAUAUCUCAUAAAGUAGCAAAAAAAAAAAAUCUGUUUAAAUCACAAUCUUUUUUUGUGUAACAAAGUGUUUGUAAUAUCUGUCACUUACUAGGAUUUGGUAACUUGCUGUAUUUGUACAGUCAAGCCUUGAUAAAAUUGAUGUUUAUAAUUUGAUGGAUAAUAAUCUGUUUGUUCUGCUAAAAGUAAUGGAGCAAUGAUGCAUGAAAAUAGUGUUUGCAAGUAUUUUGGUUUAGGUUGCCCUCAUGAAACUUGUCCCGACACCAGAAAAUAAAAAUGCCAUGGAACAAAAGUCCAUUGCUGGCAGUGGACAAGCCAAGGAUUGAGCUGCUACUGGCACAAAAAGUUAAUCACAGGGACCUCACUGUGAGGCAGAUCCUUUAUUAAAAUAAAGUUUGAGUUAUUUGAAACAUGCUGGAGUAGCGCUGACUUGUUGGGUUUUCAGGAUGCAAUUUUUCUUUAACAGGCAAGAAAGAAGAAACUGGCCUUAUGAAAACUUGAAGUUCUGGGGUCACAGUCUUUGUGGACCUCCCGGAUCGUUCUCUUUAAUAUUUCAUUACAAAAAAAUGGAAAGAAAGACUUGCUGGGGCUUGUGGAAAAUCAUUAUUUCAAGGCUUUGUUUCAAGAUAACUUAAAUGUUUUCAGGUGGCAUCUGUUCAUAGUGGAGAAAUUCAUUCACAGCCUGUCUCAAAUUAACAGCCUAUGAAAUAAAAUUAAUCUCAUUACUGUA